AUGUUGGCUACUGGGAGGUUUGAAACAGAAAUGGAUGAAGCAAUGGGAAGAAGACAAGAAAAAUAUAAUCUAUGGGGAAUUUCAGGCAAAGAGAAAAGCAGUAGCAUGAGCAAGGUCGUAGUAAAGUUAGACACUACCCGUUCCCCAGAAUUUCUUGGUCUGAAUUUGGACUAUGGCCUGUGGCCAGAGACCAACUUUGGUGAGAAUGUUAUAAUUGGCCUGGUAGAUUCUGGAAUUUGGUCGGAGAGUGACAGCUUCAAUGACAUUGGGAUUCAGCUAAUACCCUCUAGGUGGAAAGGUGCAUGUGACCAGAACUGA